CUCAGAGAUUCUGGUAUGUUGUGUCUUUGUUCUCUUUGGUUUCAAAGAACAUCUUUAUUUCUGCCUUCAUUUCAUUAUUUACCCAGUAGUCAUUCAGGAGUAGGUUGUUCAGUUUCGGUGCAACCGAAACUGUCGGUGCCACUGAACAACUGUCGGUGUUGUUCAGUCGGUGCCACUUCUGCCACUUCUGCCUGUCGGUGUUGUUCAGUCGGUGCCACUUCUGCCCUGGCCCCCAAGAUCGGCCCCCUGGGUCUGUCUCCAAAAAAGGUUGGUGAUGACAUUGCCAAGGCAACAGGUGACUGGAAGGGCCUGAGGAUUACAGUGAAACUGACCAUUCAGAACAGACAGGCCCAGAUUGAGGUGGUGCCUUCUGCCUCUGCCCUGAUCAUCAAAGCCCUCAAGGAACCACCAAGAGACAGAAAGAAACAGAAAAACAUUAAACACAGUGGGAAUAUCACUUUUGAUGAGAUCGUCAACAUUGCUCGACAGAUGCGGCACCGAUCCUUAGCCAGAGAACUCUCUGGAACCAUUAAAGAGAUCCUGGGGACUGCCCAGUCUGUGGGCUGUAAUGUUGAUGGCCGCCACCCUCAUGACAUCAUAGAUGACAUCAAUAGUGGUGCUGUGGAAUGCCCAGCCAGUUAAGCACAAAGGAAAAUAUUUCAAUAAAGGAUCAUUUGACAA